UCAGCAUAGUCGAAUCCGCCCAUUGGGCUGGACUCAUUUUGACAACGGCAACACUAAACAUAAACAGACUAACAGAAGAACCAUCCAAUAAAAACAGCAAACUAUAUUUCUCUAUUGGAAUAUCGACCGUACUCAACGAUAUAUUCAGACUCCGACUCGGAUUUAUCACAAAACUAGUCGUAUCUAAUUAAAGUAUUGGUGAGACUGAUAUCUCCACACUGGUCAUUUCACACCUCAAGCCAUCUGCCCUCUGCUCGGAGUUAAAUACCCGAGAGGAGGGGGCACAAAUUCAGCCUCAUACAGACAAAGGGACGGGCAGACAUAUAUAUAUAUAUAUAUAGACAGACAGACUGGCAGAAGGACAGACAGGCCUCAGGAUGCCUCUGUUCUUCAGAAAGAGGAAGCCCAGUGAGGACUCCAAGAAGCGUCUGGAGUAUCAACUGUGCCUGUCUAAAGAGGUAGGGGCUGGUGACAUUCUGGACAUCUCCGCUUGUGAGCUCACAGAGGUUCCAACCAGUGCAUUCUCCAUAUGCAAGGUGCUACAGAAGAAGGUCUUCAUUCUCCAUGGAAACCAGCUGAAGUCCAUGGUGCCCAAAGGCUGUUGCAUCAACUUUCUGGUCACAUUAAAGGUGUUGGAUUUGCACGAGAACAAGCUGACCUCCCUCCCUGAUGACAUAGGGCAACUGGCAUCCCUGCAGGUGCUGAAUAUAGAAAAUAACCAGAUCAAGACCCUGCCGGACUCCAUUGGGGAUCUCAGACUUCUGCAGACCCUCAAUGUGAAAGGUAAUUGUCUAAGUCAGCUGCCUUCCUCUGUGGGCCGUAUGAGCAGCCUGCGCACACUUGACCUAAGUGAGAACAGUGUGAGGGAGUUACCCCGGGACCUGGCACUGGCACGCACUCUAGAGAGCCUGACCCUGGACGCUGCUCUGAUGUCCUACCCCCCUGCCUCGGUGUGUACCACGGGGACUGAGGACAUCCAACGCUUCCUCUGCACUGAGCUGGGGGAGGAGUACUGCCCCCCGUCUCAGUUCCUGCUGCCCGUGCUGGAGAGUGACUCAGGGAAGCAGAGCUCGGACAAUGUGGACAGCCUGGAGGUGGCCUGGCAGAGUAAGUUCAAUGACUUGGAGAAGAGAAAGGAGCAGAAGCACCAGGAGAAACUGGCAUUUGAGCGUCAGCUGGAGGAGAAGCAGAAGGAGCACCACCAGCUCCUCCUCAUGAACAACUCCCACAAGGAGAACAUCCUGCUGUCUGUCAGACAGGAACAGGAGCGUCUGGAGCUAGGCGUGUCGGUGCAGCAGAGGUUCCAGGAGGUUGAGAGGCAGAGGAUUCUGGGUAAGGUCCGCCAGGCCGAGACGGGCAUCGCUAGCCGCAUCAGCAACCUGCUACUGGACAGCAAACGACAAAGAAAGAGUGCAGAGUUUCUCCAACAGUUGGAGGAGGACCGGAUACGGAUGGAGCAACUGACGGCCAUCACACAAGAAGAGACAAACUCACUCAGGAAGAGAGAAGUAGCAGUGGCCAUGCAGAAGAUGUUGUCAGAGAGCUGCUCCAUGCGUCUGAUGCAAGAAGCCAGUGACUCACGCAGACAGAGCCUGGUCACUGAGGCCUGCAGGAGUCUGGAGAGUCAGGACAGGAAGUUCGAUCAGGUGCUUUCGCUCCAGCAGCUAGACAAAUCCAAAGCCAUCGCUUGUAUCCUACAGGAGGAGGAGAUGCAGAAGGCAGCCUUCCAGGCACUGCAGCUGCAGAAGGACAGUGUGCAUGGCUACAUCCAACAACAGAUCAGGCUAAUAGAAGGAGAGUUAAUGCAGCUGACUAAACUGGAGGUUAAGAGACACAAUCUGGACGCUGAGAACCUGCAGGAGAUGCUGUGGGAGCAGCGUUCGGCCCUCAGUGACCUGCUGCAGCAGUUGCUGAAGGAGAAGGACCAGAGAGAGGUUGAGCUGAGACAGGUCCUCCAGGAGAUGGAGCUGAAGAGUGACUCCAACCAGCAGAACUACUGGCUGAUCCAGUACCAGAGGCUGCUGGACGCUAAGCCUCUGUCGCUACGCAUGCAGGAGGCUGGUGUGGAGAGUGACCUGGUCAAUCUGCUGUGUAAGCUUUCAGCUCAGCACUACCUCCCCAUCCUGGCCCACCACAGAGUCACCUCCGAGGCCCUUCGCCACAUGACCACCAAAGACCUCUGCAAGCUGGGAAUCAAUGAGACGGGUAUCCAGAAGGCUCUUCUCAACUGGGCCAGGGAGCAGGCCUUCACACCACCUGAAGGGGCCUGCAAGGCCGAUCCACAGGAAGAGGAAGCUGUCCCGUCACCAUCUUCUCCGCCCAGCGCCCCCUUCGAGACACCCACCUCCACCCCUCCGCUGACCCCCGUCAAUCCCUCAGCCCCCAGCCCCAUAGACAGCCCGGGCAGCUCAGAGUGUGUGGUGUGCAUGGAGACAGAGUCUCAGGUCAUCUUCCUGCCCUGUGGCCACGUGUGCUGUUGCCAGAUGUGCAGUGAUGCCCUCCAGACCUGCCCCCUGUGUCGCAGCAACAUCGCCCAGCACAUACGCCUCUACCACGGCUAAUGGGACCUUCUUUAAGGGAGGGCCACUAGCACUCUACAUGCAGGCUUUUGUUCCAGCCUAGCACUCACACAUUCGAUCACUUCAUCUUACGCCAGGCAAUAUCUGCAACUCUUAUCAUACAAAUCUAGGAAAUAGCCUGUUUUCUCAGCUUUAACUAUCAGUCAACCAGUUUUUAUUGAUAAACCAAAAUCUAGGGCAUAGAAAUGGAAAAAAGGAAGGAAGGGUGAGUACCUUCUGUACAUUAUUUUGGGUGAUGUGAUUAACAGUUGUAAGUAAAGCCAUUUAUUAUAAUUUUAAAAUAAUCACAUUUUGUGACCCAAAAGGGACAAGGUCAAUGACUGUUAGGCGUGGUGAGGGAGCGAUGUCUUGCCUUAGUGAAAUAACUGUUUGAGUGACUGUACCUUUCCUUCCUUCUUUUAGAGACCUCUUUGCUCCCUCCUCUUCUCUUCAUGGUUUAAAUAGUGAUUGGUCACCCUUUAAAUGCAUCAUCACACAUCUCUAUGCGCAGCCAUCAAAUGGUAACCAAUGACACUUUUCUAAUCUCUCUCUUUCUCCAUUCAAGUGCUCUUAUAGUAAUUUGUAACAUAGCAUGCUUCAGGUUAUAGGAGACACUUAUAUUGUACGGUAUGAUAACAUCAAACAAUCUGAGUGUUACAAAUAUGCUGAAUAUGAAGACAUUUAAUGAUAUUCAAUUGAAAUUGUAAUGUGGUGAUGUCCGGUAAAUAAGUGUUAUAAUGUUCGGGAAAAACCGGGCCCUGGUCUGGUUAGGCGUCCACCAUAGUUGCUGGAAUCGUGCAGGACAGGACCAUGUCAAAAGAAAAUCUGUUUGGUUCGGGUUGGCAAAAUAUUGUGAAAAGAGUAUCAGUGUCUGUUCAUGUACCUAUCACUUAAAGCUGCUCUAGAAUGUAAAUAUCUACAGAAAAAUAUAUAGAAUAUAUCCUUUCAUUUGUGUGUAAACAGCUUUUAUGUGGCAGUGUCAAAUAAUAGUCACACUGCAUGCCAUAGCAUGUUAUAUACACACGGCUGUUUUAAUAUAUAAUUAUUGCAUAGAUUGUUCAAUUUCCUUCCAAUAGUGUAUUUCCUAAAAAUACAGUUCGAUCAAACGAAAUGGGCAGAUAAAAGAUAUGUGUGGAUGUCAUUUGAUGCAGUGGGCAUAGCCUGGUACCGUGCCUAGUAUCAAGACUCUCUCUCUCUCUCUCUCUCUCUCUCUCUCUGUGUGUGGAGUGACACAUCUUCAUUCCAACAUAGUAUGUUCUCUAUCAAACAUACUUCUUUCUAUGCCUUAAAUGCUGAACUUUCUAGAGGUUGAACCACUUCAGUCGAUUUCAUGUAUACUUCGUUCGUUACUUAAAUGGAGCACUGUUUUGAUUACCAAUGUUAAGUAUGGGUUGUCAUCACUUAGGUAACACUCAGUAUCCUGCUAUAACACUAUCAUAGGAAUUUAUGCAUUCAUGCAUUAAAAGAAAGCAUGUUCAUGUAGCCUUGCUUAUUGAAUUAUUUAAUGCUAUGCCAAGCAUGGUCACUUUUGUGGCAAUGUUAUGGCAGGAUACGUGGAGUAACGGGUUACUGUCACUUCUCUUCGCUAGUACAUUAGUUUGAUGUAAAAAACCGAUGCAAAUAAAAUCUGCUCUACCCUUUU